UCCUCACGUGGCUUAAUUUUAUAUAUUUUUAAACUAUAAAACUUACUUUUAACUUAACUUAAAGCUGAAUAUUUACUUUUUGUCGAUAGACAACUCUACAACCUAAGAACUUUAUAUUAACGUCAUCAUUUUCAAAAUGCUUUAUAUAGCUUAACGAGUUUAAAUGAAAAUCACAGCCCAAUACAUUAAGUGUACACAAUAAGUAAACAAGAUAAACUUUAAUUUCUAAAUUAAUCAUUACCAACGUUUGCCGUGUUCUAUAAUUACACGUCGACCUUUCUUGUAGGCCUACGAAUUUGAUAAACAAGCGCAAAGUUACAUAUUAACAGGCUGCUUUGGGUAUUUUGGGUAGCCUACCUUAAUACGAUGUGCAUUCGCAAUAAGCGAACAUGCAACAAACAUACCUCGAAACUAUAAGGAUGUAAUUGUACGCUUAUAGCAAUAAAUGUUUGCGUAGGGGUGAAGAAUAAAUACAUUUGAUGUGAUCGCAUGCAGGCUAGGCCGGUCUUAUCGAUGAUCGUGCAUGUCUACGCAUAGUUUGAGGUUAAUUUAUUGUACUGUAGUAAUUAUGAAAAGAGUUUUUAUUUACCAGAAAGGCUUUUUAGUUUAUGUGUAUUAAAUAUGCAAACGUUUGUUUUUUCAGUCAUGUUUUUGGUUUAGAUAUAGGCUAUAUAGGUUAUACAAGGGUGUAAGUUUACACUGCACCCAUGGCCAGUAUUCUAGAUUGGAGAUGUGCGCGGUUUUUCCACAACUUGUGGUUUUUCAUUUUCUACACCAUUGUGGAGAGUUGGAAUGACUUCCGGAUGAAAACAAGACCAGUCGCCCCAAUGAAUAAAAGAACCAAAGAUAUUUACGAGAAAACGAACGUUGAUUUUCGAAAACAAAAAGUAAUCAAUUCAUUCUCGGCGUUGAAGACAUUCUUUUAUAAAUGCAUGGUCGUCGACAUGAAACGAAGUGCAAUUGUAGGCGGGAAAGCACCAAAUCCGAGAAUUUAUCGGUUUGACACAAAAGAAUCUUGCAGGUUGUUGGACGUUAUGAAGCAAGGUCGGCCACUUGUGGUCAACUUUGGUUCAUGCUCCUGACCCCCUUUUAUGGGGGCUCUGAAAUAUUUUGCUGCAGUUGUGGAAGAAUUUAAAGACAGAGCUGAUUUUAUAACAAUUUAUAUUGAAGAGAUACAUGCUGCGGAUGGCUGGAGCUUUGAAUCAAGCAGGUUCAAUUUUAAAACGCACAAAACACUACAAGACAGGUUCUACGCUGCUUCCAUUUUCAAAUCCGAAUUUGAUUGCAACGAAUGUGCUUUGUUCGUCGACUCGAUUUCAAACGAAGCCAAUUUUGCUUACGGUGGAUUGCCGGAACGUCUUGCUAUAAUUAAAAACGGAAGGAUUCAUUACAUUGGUGGUAUUGGUCCAAUGAUGUAUGAUAUAACAGAAAUGAAGAAAAGUUUAAACGAAGCGCUUAAUUUACCUUAUUAGUUAUUUAGGCGGUUAUUGUUCCAAAUGACAAACUGUAAUUGUAAAACAACAUUUCCUUUGUUCUUAUUCUAAUGUAAUUGCUUUGAAAGGUAAAGUUUAUAUUCGCAUAUAUGACGAAAUGCUUUGAAAGUUUCCUGAAGUGUUUUUGAUUUUCUUCGCGAAUUGCAGCCAGCCUUCAUAACAAGUUUGUGAACGAAUGAAUAAAUGUUGUAAAAUACAAAUAAAUGAUUGGUGACUCG